AUUAACCGAUUGUAAUGUGGAACGUGAGCUCAAGUCAAUUGAAGAAUGCAUGAAAUCACUUCCAGAUGUACAACGCAUCGUUGAGAUAACGGAAGAACCACACGAAAGCCCUCCCAAAACCAAAAUUACGAGACUUCCCAGUGUGCUAAGAGAAGCCGAAAAGGCAAUCGAGAAGCAGAAGACGUUGAAUAAUUUGGAUUUGAAUUUUGGAGAAAGGAAAAUGAAGAAAGAAGAAUCUGAACAGCGGGGCUUUUUUCAGAGCUGCAAGCUCCCCGUCGGGUCCUACCGCCUCCAGAAGAAGUCCUACGAAGAAUUCCACGUACCAGCUCUCCAACCACGUCCAUUCGCCGGAGGAGAAAAGAUCACCAGUGUCUCAGAGCUGCCGAAAUGGGCUAAGCCAGCGUUCGACGGCUACAAGUCGCUGAACAGGAUCCAAUCCCGACUCUGUGAUUCAGCUCUUCGAUCCAAAGAGCAUCUCUUGCUCUGUGCUCCAACUGGAGCUGGAAAAACCAACGUGGGGCUGCUCACAAUGCUCCAAGAAAUUGGAAACCACUUGGCAGAGGAUGGAAGUGUGAAGCUCGAGGAGUUCAAGAUUGUUUACAUUGCUCCGACGAAGUCACUGGUUCAAGAGAUGGUUGGAAGCUUUUCGAAACGUCUCGCUCCAUUCGGAAUCACUGUCGGCGAAAUGACUGGUCAAAUGAACAAAGAGCAGUUUAUGGCGACUCAGGUGAUCGUUUGUACGCCGGAGAAGUAUGAUGUGGUGACGCGAAAAGGCGGAGAGAGAGCCUAUAACCAGAUGGUUCGGCUGUUGAUCAUUGAUGAGAUCCAUCUGCUUCACGAUGAUCGUGGACCGGUGUUGGAGUCGAUCGUCGUCAGAACGAUUCGUCAAAUGGAGCAGAAUCACGAUGAGUGUCGACUGGUCGGACUUUCAGCAACUCUUCCGAAUUAGGAAGAUGUGGCGACACGUGAAGACUGAGCAUUUGCACUUCUUUGAUAACAGCUAUCGUCCAGUUCCCCUCAAGCAACAGAUUAUUGGAGUUACUGAGAAGAAUGAUGAUUCGGCGACGUCACAGGCGAUGAAUGAAGCGGUGUACGACAAGAUCAUGAAGCACGCCGGAAAGAGCCAAGUCCUCGUUUUUGUGCAUUACCGAAAGGAAACGACAGAAACCGCGAAGGCGAUUCGUGACGCGUGCCUCGAGAAGGACACGUUGUCGGCGUUCAUGCGUGAGGGAUCAGCGAGCACAGAAAUCCUGAGAACCGAGGCCGAGCAGGCGAAGAAUUUGGAUUUGAAGGACCUCUUGCCGUAUGGAUUCGCUAUUCACAACGCUGGAAUGAACAGAGUUGAUCGUACACUUGUCGAGGAUUUGUUCGCUGAUCGGCAUAUUCAGGUAGGGGAAAUUUAG